UUAAAUUUGCCCACGCGUUUUCUUUCUACCUAAGCCACCGACCUUGGGCUUUCUGCAGUUCAUCGAGCCUCUGUGUUCGUGUAUAUAUGUAUUCAAGCAGCAGAAACGAGUGAACCAUGGUGAAGAACAACAUUAUCCGUGGGUGUAAAAGGAGGAUUUUCAAGUUGAAGGGGCCGCAAAUAAGUUUCAUGAGCAACAACAAGAACACACAUUAUGGCAUCAAAACCAUCGGAGCUGACGAUUACAACUCAUGCAGCUUUUCUGGUAAAUCAGAUCUUUGCAUCCGAAUCGUCACAUGGAACAUGAACGGAAAGGUUUCUUACGAAGAUAUGGUUGAGCUAAUUGGGAAAGAGAGGAGAUUUGAUCUUCUGGUGAUCGGCUUACAAGAAGUCCCCAAAGGCAAUGUUUCACAGCUUCUGCAGACAGCUUCAUCCGAAACUCACGUGCUGCUUGGGAAGGCAAAGAUGCAAUCCAUUCAGCUAUAUUUGUUCGGUCCAAAGAAUUCGGAAACGCUACUAAAAGAAUUAAGGGUGGAGAGGCAUUCGGUGGGAGGAUGCGGAUGUUUGAUAAGACGAAAGAAAGGAGCAGUGGCUCUUCGAAUUAACUACAAAGGCAUCAAAAUGGUCUUCAUCUCUUGUCAUCUCUCCGCUCAUGCGAAGAAAGUAGAAGAGAGGAAUUCGGAGUGUAGGCACAUAUCGCACUCGCUGCUCUCGUCAUCGGACACUUACAGAGGUUCUCGUCAUCUCACUGUCUGGCUCGGAGAUCUCAACUACAGGAUCCAAGACGACAUCUCCAAUCGUCCUGUCCGUUCCCUUAUCCGUCGUCAUCUUCACUCGUUUCUUGUUGGGAAAGACCAACUCUUGCAAGAAGCAGAGAGGGGCCAAAUCUUCAAAGGAUACUGCGAAGGGACGCUGUCGUUUAAACCGACGUACAAGUACAACAUAGGGAGCAGCAGCUACGACACGAGCCACAAGGUCCGAGUCCCGGCUUGGACCGACAGGAUCCUGUUCAAGAUCGAAGAUCCCGGAAAGAUCCGAGCAAGUUUACAUUGUUACGAUUCUAUUGAUGAGAUCUGCGGUUCAGACCACAAGCCCGUCAAGGCACAUCUUUGCCUGAAGUUGGUUCACCAAUAGAUCCUCUUUGGAUUUCUUCUGUGUUGGAUUAAUUGGCAUUUGAAUUAUUUUUAUUUUUAUUUUUAUUUUCACCGUAACUAUAUGGUCUCACCAUUGAUUAUUUAGUGUUCAUCGCUAUUUAAUUGUACAUUGUUUAAUAUGACGAAAAUUGGGAUUAUGAAUCAUGUGCUCGACCGUUUCAAUUUUGUAAGGAUGAAACACCAAAACCUGUAUUCA